AUGGCAUAUAUAUUGAAGGGUCCAACGCAACCAGAUUUAGCAAGAUUUCCUCGUAUUCAAUUUGGGAAGUCUUCAAGAGCAUUUUGUAAAGCAUGGUAUAAAAACUAUACAUGGAUUGAAUACAGUGAGUCGAAGGAUGCAGCUUAUUGUUUCUAUUGCUUUCUCUUUAAGUCGUCCGGGAGGGCCAAACACUUUGGUUAUGAAGUCUUCAACAAAGACGAAUUUAAAGAUUGGAAGCAUGCAUAUAAAGGAUUUAAAGAUCAUAUUGGUAGUCAUGAUAGUAAGCAUAAUUCAUGUAUGAAGCACUAUGACGAUUAUAAUAAUCAAAGACAAAGUGUGACAAGUAUCUUUGCUAGAGCAACUAGGGAAUCAGAAGAAUUGUAUAAGAUCCGUUUGACUUGUUCUUUGGAUUAUACUAGAUAUCUCAUAGCACAAGGCAUUGCUUUCCAUGGCCAUGAUGAAAGCUCAACUUCUCUAAACAAGGGAAAUUUUAGAGAGAUGGUGGAUUAG